CCAUAUUAUAUUGUUUUGUAAAACUGUUGAGUCGUUUUAUUUAAUUGACUAAAAAGUGCUGUAAAAGAUGAAAGCUAUUCUUAAAAUAUACACAGUUGCGUUAUUAAUGGUAUUGCAGAAAACUGUCAUUUGUUUUGAAUGCAAGGAUUUCUAUACAAUUGUAGAAGAAAAUACAUGUGAAGGUACAAAUUAUACUUUUAAACCGGGAAUUGUACCAGUCAUUUCCAAAACAAUACCAAAAUAUGAAAUACCCUACGACGACUGCACUGAUACUUUGACACAAGAUUGCUUUCUUCAACUUUCUUGUGACGUCAUAGAAACAAGUUGCGAAAGUAUAGUAACAAGUACUGUGAAAACGCUAGAAACCACUAUACAUGAAAAAGAGAGAACUCCGAAAACUACGACAGACAUAGAAUAUACAGAAAAUACACCGACUGCAGAAUAUACUCCGACUAAAGAAUACGUAUCAACAAAGGAAUAUACACCAAGUACGGAAUAUACAACGACUGAAGAAUCCACACCGACUAGGGAAUAUACAGAGUAUGAGACAGAGGCCGUAACAGAGGUCAUCACUUAUCAAACUGAGAAAGGAGUAAUUGAAGAAAAGGAGUUCCAUACGGCGUUUGAAGAAACUACAUGUUACGACGGAGGACCCAUUAUAACAAUAAACCCGUUGCCAACACACAGGUAUAUAAAGACGAUAUCAAGUCUUGCUGAAAACUGCACAGAUGUAUACCUGUUAGAUAAUUAUCUGGAACUUUCCUGUGAAGAUAUUGUGAUGACAUGUGAUAAAAUAGGAGCGAAGGAAAGUCUUAAUUCAACCCCUCCAACACCUAACGAUAACUCUAUUUCAACAGCUACCUACAUUUUAAUAGCGAUUGGAUGUGUAGCCUCAGUUUCUUUAGUGUCAUACGCAGGCUAUGCUGUAUUCCAAAAGAUCAUAGAUGCCAUUCAGAGUAACACAUAUCAUUUACCACAAUAAUUGGCGACGGAAAUCAAGCCCAUAUGAACUUUAUAUUAGAAAUUCUUACGUCACUGUUUCAACUUCGGAGGAAUUUUAAGUUCAACAAAGAAAUGUUAAACUUUUAAAGAAGUCUACAAAACUCUAUUGAAGUUACCGAGAAACCAAAUUAAUGUUAUAUAAACUUGUGUUUAGUAAUUUAUUGAUUAUUUCAAGGUAAUAUGUUUACUAUGUUUUUCACUUAUUAGGUGUUUGUUACACUAUUACAUUAAAAAUAGUGUUAAAAUUUAUUGUAAAGUUUAUAAUAAACGUCUGUCAAAACGAGCAAUUCAUCGCCAUAAUUAUGAUAAUUGUCAGUGUAUUUUGCGCCCUUUAAAAGCGCAACUCGAAUGUAAGGGUC